AGUCGAUAAGCCAAUAUUGCUUGGACUUGUUGCACCUGUUUGUAUGGUGGUAUUUGAAGGUUAACAAAUGCCAUCGUAAUAAGAAGACCUAGAUAUUACAGUCGGAGAUAAAAUUGACGGUGGUUUAGAAAUAUUCUAGCCAGAUGCUGAAAUGACAGAUUUGAAAUUAGAUGUCAGGAUUGGGUCAGCAAUAAUUUGGUGUUUCGUUCUGGUGGAAUUUUCGGACUCCAUUUCCACUAUUGGUCCAACAUGUUUCAGCUGUGACAGGGAGGUCCUCCCGACCACGUGCUCUAGUGUUGCCACCUGUGGCCCCCAUGAAACAUGCGCAAUGGAGAAGGGAGUUGAUCUACUAUACGAUAAUGUUUUCUGGUCAGGCUGCAAAGACAAAAUGGACUGCGAUACUAACAGAAGGAGACGUUUUCCAGAUGACGUCACCGUCACUUGUUCCAAGUGCUGUGAUGGCAACUUCUGCAAUUCUGAGGGGUGUGGAGAGCCAGGAUUUCCAAUUGGUAGACAUGUUUGUUUUAGCUGCUUUAACAUGACGUCAUCAUCGAACUGUUCUCACGUUGUCAUGUGUCGGGAAAAUGAGGUUUGUUACUUUGAAGAAGUUCAUCACAAUGACAGCGUCACCUAUCAUUCCGGAUGUAGGACACUUCCGGAAUGUAAGAUGGACCAAUGGUGUGGUGGUUGCUGUCUCGGGAAUUUCUGUAACUCGGGCUGCCAUCCUUACGACAACCUGCGACCAUUAUACCAGUACGUCACUCUGACAAACCCGCCAGAAUCAAAGUGGAUAACUGUCCCUUCUCGAUAAUGAAUGCUUACCCUAUUUA